UGGGUUAUCCAUUUGUAGCAUCCCCGUUCACCGUUUCAACCGACCUUUCUCUCUCUCUCUCUUUACUCUUUUUACACACUCUACUCUCUCUAUAUUUUCCAGAAGAGUGUUCGUCGCUUUCACUGCCAGCCUUUUUUUAUUUUUUCUCUCUCUUCCUAAAUUCUCUCGCCGACCUCUUCUCCAAACCCUAGGAAAAAAAACACGCUUUUAUCUCUGAGAUUCUUGAAGAUCCAUGGACUAAGAAGAAGCUCUUAUUUUCCCGGAUGAGUUUUGCGGUUUACUGUUGUGACCACCAUGGAUGAUGAUGAUGAUGAUCUCUGGGGUCCUCCAUUUGUUGUGAAAGACGAUACUUUUCGUAAGCAGACACUGCGUGGUUGUGAAUUUUGGUUUGAUUACAGAACAGAUGUGCUCGAAGAGAAUUUUCAGAACGAGUGGUACUGUGAGCUAGUGUGGAGGUUAUUGAACGAGAAGAAGCAAGAUGUUGUUGUGAUCGUUGAACUUGACAAGGAUCCACUCUCGCUUCAGAAUGAUACGGCUUCUUCUGGGAGUGGUGACUCGCAGCAUCCUACAGGCUCUUCUUCUGAUUCUGACAAGACUCUCAGUGUCGUUCUUCCAGAUGCUGCUGAUACAAGUUCUUCAAAAUCGGUUCUUGAUGAGGAUGAAAACACAUCUAGUGUCAGCGAUGCUCAAACUGUUGUAACUACUGAGACCAGAGAUUCUAGUAACGACACUGAAGAAAUAGAGCCAGAGGCAAGAUUGAAGCCUCAGGAGACAGCAGCAAAUGAUCCUUUAAUAGCUGAGGUUGCGGAAGAUGCUGAUACUUCUUCUAGCCCUGUGUUGGCAAGCAAGAUUGAGGAAGCUGAAGAACAUUCUUGUUCAUCCUUGGUUACUGAGUUUGAUCCUGUAAAACAAGCUCCCGAUAGUAAAUCUUCAUCUUCUAUUAGCAGAGAGAGUAUUGGAGGUUCCACUUUGAAACCAUUGCUCUUAGAGACCAGUGAGAAGGUGAGGGAAAAGUCAAACGAGACAAACGAAGAUGGAGAAGUUUUGAAGGAUCAUCAGCAAAGCGAUAGCUCACAAGACAUCGUAACUGUUUCUGAACCUUUUACCACAGAGUCUCUCUUAGAAAUGUGUGAUGAACCAGACAAAGGCAAAGAAAUCCCACGCGACGCGAGAAGCAAGAAAUCACACCCUGGAGCCGUGAAGACUGCUGUUAAAGACGAGUUGAUCAUAAACUUGCUUACUGAGGCACGGAAAAAAACAGAGGGUAAUGCAUUGUUGAAUCCUGGGUCAGUCCUUAACAAGAAGAGGCAGAGACAGUCUAACAGCAGCGGUAAUAGAAACAUCAAGCAGAAAGUACAAGGUAAAGCUGGAAAGAUCAAUAGUGAUCCAGUUAAAAAGUCAGCCCAGUCGACACCUGGGAACAUCAGGGGUCCAAGUGUUCCUACAGAGCGUGUAGAUUCAUUGUUGGAUUCGAAAGACGGAGGACAUAUUGUAAGUGACUCGGUGAAAUCAUUAUCAAUAAGUGAGUUGAAGAACAAGACAGGCAAGGAAUUAAGAAGCAUAGCAAAAGAGCUGAAAGUAACACAUUACUAUAAGCUCAAGAAAGAAGAUCUGCUUGAACGGUUGACCUAUCAUCUAAACCUCCAGUUAACCGAUUGUACAAAGCAGAGAAUGGACUCAUAACCGAUCUCACUGGUAUAGUUAACAUUUAGGCCUUACAGAACAGUCCUUCUCUUUGUUUGUUCGACUCUAUGGAGCUAUCUUGGCUUUAGAGUGCAGUGUUUCAAAAUAGUCUAUAAGUAGAAUGCUUAUUGGGAUAAUGAAGUUGAUAAAUGUUUAGUAACUAAAAAUGUGUGUUUUCUUUCUUCUA